AUGCGUUUCACCGUCUCUACCCUGUUGGCCCUGGUGCCCGCCCUUCUGGCUGCUCCCCUCGAGGUCCGCGACAACGCCGGGCUCGACGUGACGCUCAGCCAGGUUGGAAAUACCCGUAUCAAGGCUGUCGUCAAGAACGUUGGCAAGGAGGAGAUCACCUUCGUGCAUCUCAACUUCUUCAAGGACGCAGCUCCCGUCCAGAAGGUUGCCCUCUUCCGCAAUGCCACUGCGGUUGACUUCCAAGGUAUCAAGCAGCGCGUCAAGUACCAGGACCUGUCGGACGAUGCUCUGACCACUCUGGCUGCCGGUGCCACCUUUGAGGAUGAAUUCGAUAUCGCCGAGACUAGCGACCUCAGUGAGGGUGGCUCCCUGACCCUGAGCAGUACUGGUUUCGUGCUCUCCACCAAGGACAGCUCCGUGGAUGGCUACAUCCCAUUCACUUCCAACGAGAUCACCAUCGACGUUGACGCCGCCGAGGCCGCUCUGGUGCCCAACGCUAUCCCGGUCCUCGACAAGCGCACCAGGAUUGCCUCGUGCUCUGGCACUCGCUCCACUGCCCUGCAGACUGCCCUGCGCAACACCGUCUCGCUGGCUAACGCUGCCGCCUCGGCCGCCUCCUCGGGCUCUUCCACUCGAUUCAAUGAAUAUUUCAAGACCACCUCCAGCACAACCCGCAGCACCGUGGCGGCUCGCUUCCGCGCCGUCGCCAGCGAGGCCGGCUCGACCUCGUCCGGCUCGACCACCUACUACUGCACCGACCCCUACGGUUACUGCAGCUCCAACGUCCUUGCCUGGACUCUGCCUUCCUCCAACAUCGUCGCUAACUGCGACAUCUACUACACCUACCUCACUGCCUUGACCGGUACUUGCCACGCCCAGGACCAGGCCACCACCACCCUGCACGAGUUCACUCACGCCCCGGGUGUCUACAGCCCCGGUACUGAUGACUACGCCUACGGAUACUCUGCCUCCACGGCUCUCAGUGCCAGUCGCGCUCUGCUGAACGCCGACACUUACGCCCUGUUCGCCAACGCCGUCAACCUCAACUGCUAG